AAUCUGCUUCAUUUCGUGAAACGCAGCCCAAAAGCAGAAAAAAAAAAAAAGGAGAAUCCGAUACGAGGUCAAGAAACACUCGGUUUGACAUCCCGAUACCGAAAUCCUUUGAUGUGUAACUUACUUGAUUCCGCUAAUAUUCGGUCUCACUCCAAUUUGUACUGCUGCACGACUCAUCGCCGUCUAUCAAUAGAAACAACAUCCCUUGUUGCUCCCCCAGCUAAACCAACCUGUCAAAGAAAACUGACGAGAAAAAAAGUCACUCCGCUGUUGCACCAGAUUCUUCAGCCACAACCUCGAGAGUCUUGUGCUCAUGAACAGCCGCUGACGGGGCUGGGCAAUUCUUGUUGCCCACAAAUUUGGCUUUGCCCAGGCAUUCAACCAGUCCCGAGAAACUGGUUGCCCAGGGUUGCACAGGGCAAAAACACUGCCCCGUCUCACGGCACCUCAUCUGCAUGGAAGCUGUCAUGGAACGUUGACUUUGGGGGUUCGAGAUUAUCUCACCUGCUUGUUCACAUUCCGAUGUACCACGGCAUGCGGACCAAAAGUCACCAAAACAAUGCAUCUUUAAAGUAAGUCUCCGUGGUUUCCAUUCUUCAGCUCGGGUGGAAUGGGACGUACGGGCACUAGUGUGAGGUUAUCAUGGAGUGGAAUGUUUCAAUUUUUUGACCCUUUCGGCCAUGUUCUGGCCGCUAGUUGCCAAAAACAAUGUCCUUCUUUCAUGGUAUAAUUACGGUAAGCGAGAGUCU